UGUGUGCCCUGCGAUGGACUGGCGACCUGUCCAGGGUGUAUUCCUGCCUUUCGCCCAAUGUAUGCUGGUAUAGGCUCCAGCCCCCCUGCGACCCUGUCCAGGAUAAGCGGGUUAGGAUAAUGAAUGAAUUAAUGAGUUCCUGGCACAUACACAAAAUUUGGUCACGCCCAAAAAUGUGCCUCAGCUCCUCACAAAGGGUAUUUAACUCUAGUCAUAGCACAUGAAAAAACAGUUCAACAGGUUCAUCUGUUCAUGUAAAAAUGCAUGCAUAUGAGCAAGCAAACAAAAGUAUCAAAAUUAUGCGUCUUAUCCGUUUGCAAUUACCCAAACAGUUGUGACAGAGAUGAGGCAGUUCAAAAAGAGAGUCCAGGCAAAGGGUCGGUACACAAGCAAACAGGUUCAGCAGGGAUAAUCCAAUAAGUGUUCGAUGUCACAAGCAAAGGGUCAAAUACAAGCGGGCAAAUCAGACACGAACAGAAUCCAAAGAAUGAAGUCGAAAAACUAAAACAGGUUGAUACACAGCGGUUCAAAACUAGACAGACGGAAUCAGAAAAAUGCAGAAGUCGAACCGGGUAUCAAUCAGAAAAUAACGCUGGUAGGUAUGGGAUAGACACAUAAAAAUCUGGCAGAGAUAGGUUUAUAUAGAGAGAUAACGAGGGGAAAUAACAAUCUGCACAAUAACAAGGAAGUAAAAACGAGUGAAUGGGGAGACAGACUCCUAGAACUAGACUCCUAGAACGCUAACAACUUGGACAAAACCUGGACACUGAAAAACACAGAACCUGAAAACUAGGUAUCUAGCUUGCUAUGUGUAUGUCUAACAAUAAAGUUAAGCAGGCUAUGCUUGAAGUGUUUGUGUUUGUCAGUUUUGGUCCCACCCACUGGCCUCAGGUCUGCUGUGUUUUUGCUCUGGAGUGCUGAUGCUGUCGACUCUCUUUCCCUCCACCCAUCAGAGUGCUGCUACUACUGCCGCUAUUAAAAUUCCCCAUCUCUCUUCUUCUCUCUCCCUCUCUGGCAAAUGAGAGAAAUUAUUACUAUUGCUACUAAUCUCUCUCACUGUAUCUAUCUCUGUCCUGUGUUUGGGGCUGAUCAGUUCAUCAGGAACCAUGUUGGAGGAGCUUUUACCCCAGAUGCCCCCUCCCUUGACCCUUCUGGGGGUGGUGCUGGUGCUGUUUUUGCUCUACCUGCUUUCCUCCACGCCUGGGCCUGGAAAAGACCCACCAGGACCCAGACCCCUGCCUCUCCUCGGGAACCUGCUCCACCUGGACUUGAAACAGCUCCAUGUGUCUCUCUGUGGGAUGUAUAAGAAAUAUGGGUCUGUGUUCACUGUACACUUGGGCCCAAAGAAAGUGGUCGUCCUGGCAGGCUACAAGACAGUCAAACAGGCACUGUUCAACUACGCUGAAGAGUUUGGAGACCGGGAAAUUGCACCCAUAUUUAGAGAUGCUUUUAAAGAGCAUGGUAUGCAAUCCAGUUCAAUCUUGGACAUCUGUGUUAUUUUUGCCAACGGAAACUCCUGGAAGGAGAUGAGACGCUUCUCCCUCUCUACCCUGCGAGACUUUGGAAUGGGCAAGAGGGGGAGCGAGGAGAAGAUCAUUGAGGAAUCACGCCACCUCAUCAAGGUCUUUGAGAAUUUUAAGGGCGAGCCUUUCGACACCAUUCAGCCAGUGAAUUACUCUGUCUCCAACAUCAUCUGUGCCAUCAUGUAUGGCUUCCGCUUUGACUACGCUGACCCUGCCUUUCAAAAAAUGGUCGACAGGGCCAAUGAAAAUGUCCGGACUGUUGGUUCAUCUCAAAUACGGCUGUACAACAUGUUCCCCUGGCUGCGCUGGUGUUGUGGCCGGUGGCUGGUGAAUCGGACCCAGAUUUUGAAGAACGUCAAAAACAACAUUGAGGAGAUUAUGGGGCUGGUGCUGGGACUGAAGGACACACUGAACCCCCAGGACCUCAGGGGAUUUGUGGACGCCUUCCUAGUUCGACAGCAGGAGGAGUCAGACCAGCCGGAUUCCUACUACCACAACAACAACCUGAAAUUUACUGUCAGCAACCUUUUUGGAGCAGGGACAGAUACCACUGCUACCACCCUGAGAUGGGGCCUGCUGCUGAUGGCCAAGUACCCCCACAUACAGGCCCAGGUUCAGCAGGAGCUGAAUCAGGUCAUUGGGGACCGGGAACCCCGGGUGGAGGACCGGAGGAAACUGCCCUACACAGACGCCGUGAUCCACGAGAUCCAGAGAGUGGCUAGCAUCAUACCCAUGAGCCUCCCUCACACCACCAGCUGUGAUAUCACCUUCCAGGGAUACUUCAUCAAGAAGGGAACUAUGGUGAUCCCACUCCUGAUGUCAGUGCUGCAGGAUGAGGAAGAGUGGGAGACCCCCCACAGCUUCAACCCUGGCCACUUCCUGGAUGAGAAGGGCUGCUUCAUCAAGCGAGAUGCCUUCAUGCCCUUCUCUGCAGGGCGACGGGCCUGUCUGGGAGAGAGCCUGGCCAGGAUGGAGCUCUUCCUCUUCUUCACCUUCCUCCUGCAGAGGUUCCGCUUCACACCACCACCGGGGGUGUCUGAGGAUGAGCUGGACCUGACGCCGACCGUGGGGCUCUCCCUCACCCCUUCCCCCCACCAGCUGUGUGCUGUGAGCCGGGCCUAAACCCCACUCCAGCUGUGUGUAGUGAGCCGGGCCUAAACCCCUCUCCAGCUGAUGAGUGUGAACCACACCUUUUCUGUUCUUCACCAAACCUUUCUUGGUCAUGAGUUACAAUAAAUGUUUAUCUGGAUAUGAGUGUCUGCAAGAUUAUUAAAUAUACUGUAUGUCUCCCCUGCACAGCUGAGGGCACAUUCAUAAGGGGUAAAGUAUGUUUUAAAAUGUUGCUAAUGGGUUAGAUGCUCAAAAUAUAUGCAAUAUUACCACAUA